CACACACACACACACACACACUGAAAGACGGACGAUAAGAUUUACCUUCAAACCAAAACAACCACUUCACUGAGAGAGGUCAGCUACAGGAGGGAAUACUGGGAAUACUGGAAUAUGACCACUUCAACCAGCUGCUGACUGCACACACUGAACCAGAGUUUUACAAGAAAACAAAGACUCAAAGUGAAAGUAACUUUCAGGGAACAGGGAGUGGCUGAGCUGUCUGCCUGCUGUGUGUCAGCUUCACUCAGAGACUAAAUGGCUUCAAGAUUAGAGGAAGAUUUCUGCUGUUCUGUCUGUCAGGACAUCUUUAAAGAUCCUGUCAUCCUGUCAUGUAGCCACAGCUUCUGUAAAGACUGUCUGCAGAGCUGGUGGAGAGAGAAACCAACACGGGAGUGUCCAGUUUGUAAGAGAAGACAUUCACAGGAAAGACUACCUCCUAACUUGGUGUUAAAGAACCUUUGUGAGAGUUUCUUACAGGAGAGAGAUCAGAGAGCUUCAGAGGCUCUCUGCAGUCUGCACUCUGAGAAACUCAAACUCUUCUGUCUGAACCAUCAGCAGCCGGUGUGUGUCGUCUGCAGAGAUUCAGAUAAACACACCAACCACAGAUUCAAACCCAUCGAUGAAGCUGCACGACAACACAAGGAGGAACUUCAGGAAACUCUGGAGCCCUUAAAGAAGAAGUUAAAGGAUUUUGAACAGGUUAAAGUGAAGUUUGAUCAAACAGCAGAACACAUUCAGGUCCAGGCCCGACGCACAGAGAGGCAGAUUAAGAAGCAGUUUAAGAAGCUUCACCAGUUUCUUGAGGAGGAAGAGGAGGCCAGGAUGGCUGCACUGAGGGAGGAAGAGGAGCAGAAGAGUCAGAUGAUGAAGGAGAAGAUGGAGGCUCUGAGCAGAGAGAUAGCAGCUCUUUCAGACACAGUCAGAGCCACAGAGGACGAGCUGAGAGCUGAAGACGUCUCAUUCCUGCUCAACUACAAGGCUGCAGUGGACAGAGUCCAGCAGCGCCCCCUGCUGGAUGAUCCACAGCUGCCCUCAGGAGCUCUGAUAGACGAGGCCAAACACCUGGGCAACCUGACCUUCAACAUCUGGAACAAGAUGAAGGACGUGGUCUCCUACACUCCUGUGAUUCUGGACCCAAACACUGCUGAUCCAAGAGUUGUGUUGUCUGAAGAUCUGACCAGUGUGAGACAAGGACAGAAACAGCAGCUUCCUGAUAAUCCAGAGAGGUUUGAUGGUUACUACUGGUCUGUCCUGGGCUCUGAGGGCUUUAACUCAGGGACUCACAGCUGGGAUGUCGAGGUUGGAGACAGUAAAUUUUGGUCACUGGGUGUGUUAGCAGAGUCUGUCCAGAGGAAGGAACCCAUACAGUCUGGAUUAUGGAGAAUAUGGUUCUGUGUAGGUGAAUACAGAGCAUUCUCCCCACCAGAUCCAGUCACCGAUCCCCUAGUGCAGAAGAAGCUCCAGAGGAUCAGAGUGAAUCUGGACUUUACGAGACAAAAGCUGUCGUUCUAUGAUCCUGAUACUAACACACACAUACACACCUUCACACACACUUUCACUGAGAGGAUGUUUCCAUUCAUUGACAGUGUGGGUAAAGUCCCACUGAAGAUUUUACCAGUGAAGGUCUCUGUGACUGUAGAACAACAGAAAUAGAUGGUGAUGAUGAUGAUGAUGAUGAUGAUGAUGAUGGACAUGAAUCAGUUCAUGUUUAUUUCAAGACAAACUGAAUUUCCUUCACUGACACUUGGAGGAACAUGUGACUUUGUUGUCUUGGUGAUGUUGGUUGUCAUGGUGAUGAGGAUGACAUCUACUGUAUAAAAUCUAGCAACAAUCAGUAUCUUUUAAAAUAAUUUAUUUAAGAUUGUGUUUGUUCAUGUCAUUUUUUAUGCCUCUGAACGAUCCAAUCAGAACGUUUAUUGAGUUUCUAAAAUACAAUAUCCUAUCUGCUUUCUUUAAGCAAGAUGGCUGCUGGGCACCAGGUGUAUGCUGGGGUCUAAAUGCAGUCUAAACUAAUACGAUUUCAAUAAACAAGGCAAGUUACAAACAGAUACUGUACCAGAAAUUGUUGUAGUAAUGAGCCUGUGAGUGUCAAGAACCGGUCUGGGGGUGGUGAAAGCUGCCUUUGGUACGGUGGGGACAAGGUGGCCGUGCUGAAGCGUUAACAAAACUUGAAGAGUAACACGGCUUUUAAAGGGGUUUACCAGAGAUCAGCCAAGUCCCAAACUGAUCAGAUCUUUGAGCUCAACUUUCAAAUGCUCCUUCAGGAGAUACUGGCUGGAAAGGACUUUUUCAUGUCGACUGAUGAAGCAAACCAACCCUGAAGUCAUUACAGCACAAGCAGGCUCACUGUCUGCAGGUGGGAGACUGAGGAGAGUCUGCCUAUAAGCAUAGUCCAUCCUUUGUCUGUCCCUUGUACUUUGGAACAUUAAUGGUCGGACUAGUUUGAACUGUAAACUCAGAAUGUGAUUGCUGUAGACUUUAAACCCUGACAUAAUUUAAGUAAUUAAAAGACAUUUAUCAAAUGA